AUGGCUUCUUCAAAGCCCACUCCUCGUCCUGUCUCGGGCAGCUUCUCAAAAUAUUCCAGACCUCACUCUCAUUCCAUAUCACUUUCUGCAACAAACCCUAGCCACAGGGUCAACCGCCGAAAAAGUGUCAACGCUGCCGCUUCGUCCACAGCCCAGGCUGCUAUAGCCGCCGCGUUAAAAGAAUCUGGAAACGCGUCUAAUAUCUCCCACCGCAGGAGCAUUGGCUCGAGAAAGGGCGAAGCACAGUCCCAGUCCAUGAAUUCGAGACCUGCCAUGCACUCCUAUUUUGGCUCCAGUGGUGUAACGGAUCUGCCUGAUCAAGAAGUUGUCGAGGAUAAUUCCCAAGACGACGAAGACAUGGCUGCACAAAAGACGAAAGGUCGGAACCGGCGAGCCAGCGAGGGUUCCUACCUCAUCAAAGGAGACAAGAAAUCGAACGACCUCCGUUGUGACACGUGCGGCAAAGGCUACAAACACAGCAGCUGUCUGACAAAACAUAUGUGGGAGCACGAUCCAGCUUGGGCCAUCACGUCCAAGUUCUUGAUCUCCAAGCAUCAGCAGGUCCAACUGCUCGAAGCUGCUUCUGUCCUCUGCAACAUGACUGUCGACGGUCACUCUGAAGCCGAAAGUUCGCUUGUCGAUCCGACCGAGUCCUCGUCCGCAUCUCCUGUAUACUCAGGCUCCUCCGAAGCUCACGAUGAGGUGAGCAGUGUUGAGACCACACCGCCUCCCAUGCCUGAAGGCUAUGCAAUGCCCGAGACAAGAAGAUACAGUGCAAGCAGCAAUGGCUUGUCCCGCUCAUAUCGGUCAAUCCACUCAAGCUCUUACGCUGAGAGUGCUCUGUCACCCGGGUUCCCACCACAGCGCUUCUCCGGUGUGAGUGACUUCCGGCCCUCCACAUCUGGCACCGACGAUGGGGCUCUGGCAGCCGCCGCCGCCGGCCUCACCUUCUCCGGCACCCCACGAACAAGGCCAUCGAUGGUCGGAGACGAUGUACCUCCUGUACCACCCCUCCCUCAACAGUACCAGUCUCUCAGCAGCAAGUCUCCUGACGAAGCUCUGCAUAAUGCAUACAAUCCUUUGGGCAUGCCUACUCAGACAUUCUCCUACAAUGUGUCAGACGAGCGUCAUCACAGCGAUCCACACGUAUCGCAAUAUGACGACGAAGGCAUGUUUCGGAUGGAGGAAUAA